AGAAGUUUCCAUUUCUCUUAUAUUAUUCUGUUUACGUAUAUGUAGAAAAAUAUGUUUGUGUUACCAAAACUUGUAUAUGUUUGACACAAUUGCAUGACACAUUUCUAUGCGGAUGAGUAAGAUUGUUUUGGCUCUUUAGAGAAAUCAAGGAACAGCGGUAUGCAGACACAAUCAAAGUGUUGACGACUCUGUUUGAGUCUCAUCCUGAUGUAUGACUUGCUGAUUUAUAUAUGUAUCUUUUGUUAUCCGCUAUAAAUAAAUAGUUUUAUGCGUGUAUAUGACUUUUUGCAGUCCAGACCUUGUUUAUCGCUUCUUGCUCAUUGUCAUUUUUAUAUGCAAGACUUUGCGGCAGCAGCUACCUGUUAUGAAAAGUUGGUUCAAAUAUGUCCAGAAGAAAAUAUAUAUAAGCUGUAUCAUGCUCAGUCUUUGCAUCAAGCCUGUAUGUAUCAAGAGGCUUGGGCAGUUUCUUUGACUAUUAUUGAUUCAAGUAAUUUAGAAUAUAAAGUAAAGAAGUUACAAGCAGCCAUAAAGUAUGGUCAAGAAGAUAUGGUAGCUGCAAAAAAUCUUGUAGAUCAAUGUCCACUCGAUGAUGUGGAUACGGAAGUAAACUUGGGAUGUCUAUUAUACAAGGAAGAGGAAUACGAACAAGCUUUAAAAAAAUUCUCAAAUGCUUUACAAAUUACAGGAUUUAAACCACAUUUGUCUUAUAAUGUAGCUCUCUCUUAUUUCAAACUAAAAGAAUAUGCUGCCUCUUUAAAACAUAUUGCUGAUAUUAUUGAGCAAGGAAUCAGAGAACAUCCAGAACUAGGUGUAGGUAUGGCAACAGAAGGUAUUGAAGUCCGUAGUGUUGGAAACACACUUACUCUCCAUGAAACAGCUUUAACAGAAGCUUUUAAUCUUAAAGCUGCUAUAGAAUAUCAGUUGCAAAAUUACGAAGCUGCUAAGGAAGCAUUGACGGAUAUGCCUCCGCGUUCUGAAGAAGAAUUAGACGCCGUUACGUUACAUAAUCAAGCAUUAUUAAAUAUGGAUACAAAGCCGAGCGAAGGAUUCGAAAAAUUACAGUUCUUAUUACAACAGAAUCCUUUUCCACCUGAAACAUUUGCUAAUGUACUGUUGCUAUAUUGUAAAUAUCAAUAUUAUGAUUUAGCAGCAGAUGUUUUAGCUGAAAAUGUACAUUUAACGUACAAAUAUUUGACACCGUAUUUAUAUGAUUUCCUGGAUGCAUUAAUUACACAACAAACUUCGCCUGAAGAAGCAUAUCGCAAAUUUGAUGAUCUUGCAAAUAAACAUACUGAAACAUUGCGAAAGGCAACUAAACAGGUUCAAGAAGCAAGAUUGAAUCAUGACGAUAGUGCUGUUAAAAAAGCUGUAACUGAUUAUGAAGAAGCUUUAGACAGAUAUGUACCUGUUCUAAUGGCACAGGCUAAAAUAUAUUGGGACAGAGAGAAUUAUAUACAAGUAGAAAAAAUUUUUAGGAAGAGUGUUGAAUUUUGUAACGAGCAUGAUAUAUGGAAGUUAAACGUAGCACAUACUUUGUUUAUGCAAGAAAAUAAAUUUAAGGAAGCAACAGGUUUUUAUGAACCGAUUGUCAGAAAAAAAUAUGAUAAUAUUUUAGAUACAAGCGCUAUAGUAUUGGCAAAUUUGUGCGUAAGUUACAUUAUGACAUCUCAAAAUGCAGAUGCUGAGGAACUAAUGAAGAAAAUUGAAAAAGAAGAAGAGGCAGUAUCGUUUGAAGAUCAAGAUAAAAAGUUAUUUCACCUAUGUAUUGUAAAUUUGGUGAUUGGAACUUUAUAUUGUUCGAAAGGCAACUAUGAAUUUGGCAUAUCUAGAGUGAUGAAAAGUUUAGAACCUUAUAAUAAGAAACUAGGAACAGAUACUUGGUUCUAUGCAAAAAGAUGUUUUCUCUCUCUCCUAGAACAAUUAGCUAAACAAUUAGUAGUUUUAAAAGAUUCCACUUUACAAGAAUGUAUUCAGUUUCUGGAACAUUGCGAAGUUUAUGGACGAGAUAUACCUACUGUAAUAGAACAACCAUUUGAUAUGCAAGAUAUUCUAACAGAAUCACCUCAAGGAAUACGAACUGUUGUGUAUGAAGCAAGGUUUUUGAAGACAUUGUUUCUAAGGCUACAAAUGUCUUAA